ACUAACAAACCAACAAACCCGUGACCCUCUCGUACCCUUUCUCGUGAAUACCUGAAAACAAUCGCUAAUUUAAUCAUAUUCUCAAAAUCAUCCAACAAAUUCCCUUAUAAAUACCCAAUGUCCACCAAAUGGCUUCACAGGAAACCCAAAUCCAAAUACCUCAUCCCCCUCUUCAUGGCUUCCCUUCUCUUCACCCUCUCCCUCUUCCUCUUCUUCUCCCUCUCCUCCGCCUCCCACCGUAAUCACCCUCAAUCCCCGCCAGAAAUUCCCCAAAUCUCCCUCGCCUGCAAGGCCACACGUGACCCUGUCACGUGCCAGACCUCCCUCUCGCACUCUAACCAAGUCCCCACCAACCCCACCCCGUCGCAAAUGAUCCAGGCCGCCGUGUGGGUUUCUUCCGAAAACCUCAAAACUGCCGUGGUUAAAGUUCAGUCUAUCCUGGACUCUUCCGCAGACAGUAAGAACCGGUCCAACGCAGCUAGGAACUGUUUGGAGCUGCUCGGGUAUUCGGGGCACCGGACUCAAUCGGCUUACGACGCUCUGCCACAUGGCAAAAUCAAGGACGCACGUGCGUGGUACAGUGCCGCUUUAACGUAUCAGUACGACUCCUGGUCGGCGUUGAAAUAUGUUAACGACACGAAGUUGGUGGGCGAAACGAUGUCAUUUUUGGAUUCUUUGAUGGGUUUGACGAGCUUCGCGUUGAGCAUGAUGGUGUCGUUUGAUAAUUUCGGUGACGAUUUCAACACAUGGCGGGCGCCGCAGACGGAGAGGGCCGGGUUCUGGGAGAAGGACGGGGCGGGCGCUAGCCAGCCGGGGUUUGACGGCGGGUUGCCGUCGAAGUUGUCGGCGGACGUGACGGUGUGUAAGGACGGGAGUUGUAAUUACAAGACAGUGCAGGACGCCGUCAACGCGGCCCCGGAUAAUGUGGUGACACGUAGGUUCGUUAUUAAUAUAAAGGCGGGAGUUUACAAGGAGAUCGUUAGGGUGGCGUUUGAGAAAAAGAAUGUGGUGUUCUUAGGAGACGGGAUGGGUAAAACUGUAAUUUCCGGUUCUUUGAAUACGGGCCUGAUGGGAAUUACGACAUUCAAUACUGCCACAGUUGGAGUUGUUGGAGAUGGGUUCAUGGCGAGUGGUGUCACGUUCCAGAACACAGCAGGUCCAGAAGCGCACCAAGCAGUUGCCUUCAGAUCAGAUAGUGAUCUAUCCAUUGUCGAGAACUGUGAAUUCCUGGGCAAUCAAGACACGCUCUAUGCUCACUCCCUCCGCCAGUUCUACAAAAACUGCCGCAUCCAGGGCAAUGUGGACUUCAUUUUCGGAAACUCGCCUGCAUUUUUCCAGGAUUGCCAUAUCUUAAUUGCUCCGCGGCAAGUCAACCCAGAAAAAGGCGAGACCAAUGCCGUCACAGCUCAUGGCAGAACUGACCCUGCUCAAUCGACAGGUUUCGUUUUCCAGAACUGUCUGAUCAAUGGCACCGAAGAUUACAUGAAGCUUUAUCAUAGUAAGCCUAAUGCGCACAAGAAUUACCUCGGACGACCAUGGAAGGAAUUCUCGAGGACGGUUUUGAUUCACUGUACCUUAGAAGCACUUAUACAACCAGAUGGCUGGUUGCCUUGGAGCGGCGACUUUGCUCUGCAAACGCUCUACUUUGGAGAAUUUGAGAAUUCCGGACCUGGAUCCGAUACUUCUAAAAGAGUUGCGUGGAGUAGCCGGAUUCCAGCGGAGCAUGUUAAUACAUAUUCAGUGCAGAAUUUUAUUCAAGGGAAUGAAUGGAUUUCUGAAAGUCAUUAAUUUGGGAAUGUAAAUCCCUUUGUAACUACACUGUAUCUUUAAUCUUUCCGUAUUUCUAUGGCCUUAAUCGGGUUUAGUCUGAGUUAAAACUUUAAUAUAAAGAAAGUUGUCUCUUUUGAAA